AUGAAAUUAAGAACGUUUUUCCGGUUCCUCCGGGAGCAUCAAGGAAAUAAAUUCCACCAGAUCCACUGUUCACAGCUUCUAUCAAAGUGUCGUACGCAAUUCUUUGUUGUUGAUUUAAUUGUGGAACAUUUGGAAGGUAAUCGUGCAAUCGAUUUCAAGAAUGUCAGUUCAUUACUGCUUGGUUUCUAUGAAUUAAUUGGGGAUUUUGACCAAGGUGUCAUCUCUCGUGUCGAAGCCCUGAUAGAAGCUAAUAGGUAUCAUGCACUAGACAUUAUGGGAAUGGUAGCACAAAAAUGCGAAGAUUUUCUAAAACUUUGCUUAUUUGAAGGCAAAGCUUAUCCACAUUGCAGAACAUUAUUCUCACCCGUACUAACAAAGAUCGGAAUGUGUUGUAUAUUUAAUAAUGUGUAUCAAUUUCGACAUAACAAAAGGAACGAGAAAACGAAGGAUUUCAAACUUCGCAGAAUACCAGAGAAAUUUGCAGGUUUUGGACGAGGUUUGAGAGUAGUAGCCGACUAUAAUCCUGACGAUGCUGUUGAUGGUACCGUGGUCAAUGCUGGAGCUAUAAGGGUUAUGAUCAUGGAGUCCUCAGAGUUUCCGUCGGAGGACGAAUCGAAUCUUGUCCGACCAUAUACUGAGUCUUUUCACAUUAUACAUCCCACCUACACAUACUGUUCGGAGGAUGUCAAAGCACUACCAAGUUACAGUCGUAAAUGUCUGUUCGAGGACGAGAUGCGGGUACGUCACUUUGGCGAGUACGGCAGUAGCGACUGUAGCCAGCUGUGCUACAUUGACUGGAUCCAACGGCACUGCCAUUGCCUGAUGCACUAUGUGCCUUAUGUCAGACAUGAGCGGGCCUGCAAUAUUUCCAGCAUUCCCUGUAUCACGGCUGUUAGGGUUCAACUGACUAACUGGCACGAAGACGACUGCGACUGUCCUCGCGACUGUGAAUCGUUUAAUUAUCGAUCAGAGGUGAUGCUCGGGGACUUAAAUGCGCUGGAGACACUCGCUGAAAAUCCUUAUGAAGGUAUCGUGUUCAACAAAAGUACAUCAUUAUUAAACUUUAACUUACGGAGAACGUCGUACGUAAAGAAGAAACAGGAGACAGUAAUGUCAGUUGUCAUCUUCUUUUCAAACCUUGGAGGGGUUUUUGGAUUGUGUCAGGGAUGCAGUAUUAUAAGCAUCUUCGAGUUGUUAUUCUACAUUUAUAUGGCGAUUAGGAAUAAGUUAAAAAACAGAGUCAAAGUACGACCUCUGAACUACGUUAAUUAA